AUCUAGGGUUUCCAACUUUUUCCUUAUUAGCGCGCCGGAGCUUCGUCCCAAUUUCUUCAUUCGACUAAGUCUUGUGUGUAUAUACACACCUCUACUUCACCUAAGAUCUUCAGAAUUCCGUUUUCGCGAUUCAGUUUUUUUUUUUUUUUUUGUAUUGGGGUUUCGGUUUCCUGCAAUCUCGAAUUUUCUCUGAAGAACAGCUAUGCCUCCGAAAAGGAAGACGUCAGGUGGGCCGGGUACGAAGAGAGGGGGUCGUGUCACGCGGGCCGCGUCCAAAGUUCAGCCCCAGCCCCCCGAUGAAGCGUUGAAGGUGGAGCAGGUGAAAGAGGAGGCGGAGGAGGUCAAGGCUCCCGUUGCUGAGCAGAAGUCGUCGCCUGCUAGGGUUAAAGAGGAGCCGGAUUCGAGACGUGUGGAGAGCGGAUCUCUUGCUUAUAAGAAAGAAUAUGAACAGAAAGAGUCUGUUGAUGAAUAUGAAAAAGGUGAAAGAUUAGAUUUGGAGGAUAAUGAUCCUGAAUAUGAAACCGAAGAGUAUGGUGGCCCUGAUUAUGAUGAUAGGGGAAUUGAACAUGAGGAUGUGCAGGAAGAGGGAGAAGAAAUAGAAGAACAUGAGGAGGAAUAUAUUGGUGAUGAGGGAGAGGGUGAUAUGGUUGAGGAGGAGGUUGAAGAUGCCAAUGAGGACCUUGAGGGUGAGGAUGAUGAUGAGCAAGUUGGCGAGGGGCAUGGUCAGAUGGUUGAUGAAGCUGAGGAGGACGAGCAUCAUGAAGUUGUUAAAGAAAGACGCAAGCGCAAGGAGUUUGAAAUUUUUAUUGGUGGCUUGGACAAGGAUGCUACAGAGGAUGAUCUUAGGAAAGUCUUCAGUCAAGUUGGCGAUGUUACUGAAGUGAGGCUUAUGAUGAACCCUCAGACCAAGAAGAAUAAGGGAUUUGCUUUUCUAAGAUUUGCAACAGUUGAACAAGCUAAGCUAGCUUGUACAGAACUCAAAAAUCCUGUGGUUAAUGGAAAACAGUGCGGUGUUACUCCAAGUCAAGACAGUGAUACUCUCUUUUUGGGCAACAUAUGCAAGACAUGGACUGAGGAAGCUUUGAAGGAGAAGUUGAAGCACUAUGGUGUUGAUAAUAUUUAUGAUUUGACACUAGUUGAAGACACCAAUAAUGUGGGAAUGAACCGCGGCUUUGCAUUCUUGGAAUUCUCCUCUCGUUCAGAUGCUAUGGAUGCUUUUAAGCGUCUCCAGAAGAGAGAUGUUGUUUUUGGAGUUGACAGGCCUGCCAAGGUUUCGUUUGCAGAUUCAUUCAUUGACCCAGGUGAUGAAAUCAUGGCGCAGGUCAAAACAGUCUUUAUAGAUGGUCUUUCAGCCUAUUGGGAUGAGGCUCGUAUUAAUGAAUUACUAAAAAAAUAUGGGAAGAUUGAAAAAAUUGAGCUUGCUCGGAACAUGCCAUCCGCCAAGAGAAAGGAUUUUGGAUUUGUCACAUUUGAUUCACAUGAUGCUGCAGUCUCCUGUGCCAAAUGCAUUAAUAAUGCAAUGCUAGGCGAUGGGGAUAUUAAGGUUAAAGUUAGGGCUAGAUUAUCAAGACCCCUUUCAAGGGGCAGGGGAAAAUAUGGUUCACGAGGAGAUGUGAGACCCGGUCGUGGGCCAGUACGAGUUCCCAGGGCCCCAUGGGGUCGUUCAGUGUCACAUAAUCUCUCCGUACGUGGAACAAGAGUUGGUACACGUGUGCCACCUUUGGUUGAUCGCAAUUUUAAACGGCCUGCUGGUUAUAGAGAUAGAAGGCCAGUCAUUGCUGCACCACCUAGGGCCAGACCUGUGGCUCCUGUGCCUAGCAGGUCAUAUGAGAGGAGGCCACCUGCUCCUGCAUAUUCAAGAAAUAGUUCGAAGAGGGAUUAUGGAAGCAGAGCGGCUAUAGACUAUGCUCCCAGAGUGCCUUCUGACAGACGAACAUCCUAUAGAGAUGAGUAUUCUUCCCAUGGAUCUGGGUAUCCUGAUUUUCCUGGAGGAACAUCUAGGACUGCAGUAAGAAGAGCUUAUGUUGAUGAUGGCUAUGAGCAGAGGUUUGAAAGACCCCCUCCAGUGUACCGUGAAAGCCGUGCUCGUGAAUAUGACUCUAUAUCUGGCUCAAAACGUGCAUACACUGCACUGGAUGAUGUUCCUCAAUAUGUUGAGGCAGGAGUUCGCCGUUCUCGUGCACGCUUGGACUAUGACUUUGGAGGACGAAGUGCUUCUCAGUAUGGGGAUGCCUAUGGUGACAGCAGACCCGGGAGGCCUAAUCUUGGAUAUAGUAGCAGCAGCAGAAGUUCUAUGGCUAGUCAAGAUUCUCAUGGCCUUUAUAGUAGUCGCCAGGGUAUGGGUUAUGACAGAGGCUCCUAUGGUGGUAGUGAUGUUGGUGGAGUGUACACUUCAGGCUAUAGUGGUGAUUACAUAUCUCAUGGCAGUGAUAUGGGAGGCAGUUCUUAUUCAUCGAUUUAUUCGAAUCGUGACCUGGGUGGUGGUGGCUAUAUGAGGAGUGGUGGUUCUAGAUCUUAUUAUUGAGGUUUCCAGCUUCGCAGCCGGAAUAAUCAUUGUUGUUGUUGUUGUAGCUGCUGUUGAUGAUGAUGAUGAUGCUUGUGUAGGCUGUGAUGAUAAACGGAUUUUUGUUCAGUUCACCGGGUGGGGAAUGAUCCGCCCCGUAUCUUGGCGGGGCGACCGGUAGGUCUGCAGCCAUGGCGGUGCGGCUUCUCCCUCGCCCUAUUUCACAGAUCUGAGCCUCGUUUUUGUUGACAACUAAACCCUAAAUCCCUAAAUCCUAAACCUUACUUUGAAUUGUACGAGAAAGGUAUAAUCAAAGUACACUGUGUGGUCUUGUGUUGCUCGGAUCUCUUUAAUCGGAUCGUGUUUCAGUUUCCUGUUAAACUGAACCGGAAAAUUAAGAUCUCAAAACUCAAGAAUGAGGGUAUAGAGAGAUUUCUGGGUUUCUAUGGGUGGUUGACCCUCUCUAUUACUCAAUGAUUUCCUCCCAUUUUCUGCUCGUUCAACAGCCCAAACAACAAGAAAUGAAUAAAUAAAUAAAUAAAUACAUUUAUUUCAUGCAUUCAUAUAUAAUCCAUCUUUUUCCUGUUAAUUAUUACGGAGUAUAUUUUACUGAAAAUAAGCUGCAGUGCAGAUGAAAUGUUGUUGGUUAUCAUGUUUCUAUUGGCUGUGAUGAUAAUGUGUUUGAGUUUAUUGGGUAAGGAAGAACGAAGCCGUAUCUUGGUGGGGCAACCAUUGGUUUGCAGCCAUGGCGGUGUUGUUUCCUUGCUUGAUCACAUUUUGUUUCUGAGCCAUUGCUUGAUUGUGCUGUAUUUCUGGGCUGUUGUCUGAUCUGUUUGGUAUUUAGAAUUCUUAAGGUUAUAUACUUGUAUGCACCACUGGUGGUAACUCUCACCUUACAACCAUUGGUUUGCAGUGAUGUCAGUAUCUUUCCCUUGCUUGAUCUCAUUUUAUUUGAGCCUUGCUUGCUUGUGUUGUAUUUCUGAGCUGUUGUCUGUGUUUUUCUGGUAUUUAAAAUCUUCGGGGUUUUAUACUUGUAUCCACCAUUGGUGGGGCAGCCAUGGCAGUAUCUUUUCCUUGCUUGACCAUGUUGUAUUUCUGAGCUAUUGUCUGUAACUCUUUAUCUGUCUGGUAUUUAGAACCCUCUGGGUUAUAUACUGUAUAGCAACACUUGGCUGAAAUGUGCGGUUUAUGUGACUUAAAUUCUUCAACUAAGCUUGUUAAUCUUUUCUCUAUGAUUCAAUUUGUUGAUUAGCUGCAGAUUUAGACAUGGUUGAGCUGUGAUGUCUCAUUAGUCAUCACUCUCAUUGUCAAAAAUCACAGUUUUCAAACUAAUGUGCGGGGUAUGUUGAUUAGUUUGAAAAGUUUCUUGAAUCCACUCAAAAACCAACAGUACAGCCCAUGCUCAUAGCUUUUGAGGAUGGUUAUGGAUUCUUUCCACUUCAUUGCUAUGAAUGUUUGCAGUCUAUUAUUUCACCAUUGUUGUCCACUUGUCUUCGUUAUCCAUGCAUUCUGUCAAAUUUGAAGUGAUGGUUCUGCUUAAAGCUUAAAGCUUAAAGCCUCGGUUCUUCAAGUCAUGCAAUGGUGACAUAUAAAUGUCUUUUUCAAACAUUUUGCCCAUAAUACCCAAUAUUACCCCACAGUGAGAUUAAUCUAGAUUUGACUCAAGGUAUGCCACAAAAGUUUGAUUCUCUUGUUAAAGGAAGGCUUAGUCCAUAGCUUUCUUUAACAUGGUGGUUGAUCUUCGGACCUAAAAUUACAUUAGUACCCUACAUACUAACAGUAACUUGUAAUUAGAUUGCAGUCCUAAAGAUUUGACAGAAUAUCUUUGAGGAAGUAUGCCAUGUUCUUUUUGUUCCUGGUAUGUGCAAUGAAUACCCAGGGGAGCAUUCAAGAGAAUACAGAGAUGACCAACACUCCAACACUUGAGAGAGCUUCACCCCUUGCUCACCUUCGGUAGUGGAUGUGAGCUUUCCGUAAAUCAAGGGGAUGAGCUUCAACACAAUAUAGAGAUGGGUGUUGGAUUUUAAUCACUACCUGUUUAUUUUAUGUACUGUACUUGUUUGAUAAACUAACACUCUUGAACCAAGUGUAAAUGUUUUAUAUAAAAUUUUAUUAUA